AUGAUGGCUGAUAUGUACAACAGGUACUGACUAACCACAAGCGUGAAGGCACUCCUCAGUGGUGCUCAUUUAAAAGAGCUAUGAAAACAAUAGAGCUAUGAAAACAAUACGGGCACUGUAUGCUGUGACUUGUGUUUUGCUUCUCUAAGUACCCCAGACUUUCCAAGAUUAUUCUCCCACAAAAAUGUACUAUUUUAGAACCUAUACCUUACUAGACAUUGCACAGAACAUAUUAUUAAUGUAUACCACCCUUCAUCCAAAGAUCACAGGGUGGUUCAUAAAAUAGAAACAUAGGAUAACAUCAUAGAAUUGCCUUUUUAAAAAAUCUGAUCAAGGCUUCAUGUGGUUGAAUUGGGAAGCUUACAGGUAGGACAUACAGGCAAAGCAUCCUUCCCUGUUUUCUGUCUAGCAGCUGGUGCUCGCAGGGGUACUGUAUUUGAACAUAGAAGUUUUAUUUAACCAUAGUCGUUGACAGACCUAGGUGUCAUAACCUGGUGUCCAUCAUUGCAUCUUGUGUCUGAGAAUUCCUUAUUGGGUAAAAUACUUACGUUUGUCCACUCUGAACCUACUGUAUGUUAGUUUCAUUGGGUAACACUGAAUUUCAGUAUAAUUAGAGAUGGCAAAAGAUUCCUCUGUUCAGUCAAAAUUUGAUAAGUCUCUACCAUGUUCCACUUAGCUAAAUUUAAAAACCCCAAAUGCUCUAGUUGCUGCUUGCUAAAUGAUCUAGCUGGCCCUGCGCAGGGGAAAUUAUAUCACAAAUUAAUGCUUUUAUUGUGUUUUUAUUAUUAUGCUCCAUAAAAUGUGUUCUUAAUGUUGUAUACUACCUGGGAUCUUUUGAUAAAGGGUGGUAUUUAAAUUGAAUUAAUAGUAAUAAUAAUAGACAGACAGACAGACAUGGUGGGGAUUUCAACAAUUGGUUAAAAAUAUGCUUUGCCACCUUUUUGUUUUUAAGCACCAACAAUCUGCCUUAAAUGGAACCGAUUCCUUUUAUACAGGGCCAGCUUAUCCAAAGACAUUCCCCAGCAUCUGUCAAAUCCAAAGCCCUCCUCCAGAUGCCACCAUUUCAUGCAUGCAUUGAGACCACACAGCUGUUCCUGUCUAGCUGGCCCUGUGCACAUCAGAGAAAGCUACCUUGAAGUUCUUGAUUCUAAGCCUCCUAGCUAGCAACCUAAAUUUCUCUUUUAGGAUCACACAAGUACUUUUCUCUGUGUCACUAGUGCCAACAUGCACCAUGGCCAUUGACUCCUCCCCAGCAGUGUCUGCCAGUUCACUCUACAAUCUGCAUAACAGUCACAUACCCAGUUAUCUAUAUCUCUAAUGAUUGAAUCACCCACGACCAGGAUACCCCUGUCUCCACCUGGAGGUGUAUCCUUUGCAUGAGAGGAUAACAGCUCAUACCCCAGUGACUGGGUCAUUCUAAGAGUUCAUUUUCCUCUUGCUCAGAGUGGUGCACUCCUUCCCCUAGGGCAGGCAUGUUCAAAGUCCAUUUCGGGAGCCUAAUCCGGCCUGCCGGUCAAUUUAAUAAUUUAAAAUUUAAUCCGGCCCCCGUGGCAGUAUAUGUCAUGGGGUAAAAUUGUAAAAAAAAGCUCAACAACUUUGGUCGGCCCUCAUGCAUGUUCACUUCAUCAAAUCUGGCCCUCUUUGAAAAAAGUUUGGGCACCCCUGCAUAGAGAGUCGUUCUGUAUGUCAGCAGAGGAGUUGUCACCUUGGGACACAGCUUGUCCCCAGAGGCCUUGUCCACCAACCUCUCUUGGCCUUAUUUCAGGUCAUCCACCUUGCCCUCAAGGGAACAAACUGAGGACCAGGAGCUCAUUUUACUAAGCACACAUCCAUUACUUUUAUCCAAAAGGAAGAUAGCUGUACGCAUGGCAUUCUGUACAAUUUAUUGUUUGUUUACAUGGGAGCUUGGGACAUGUUAGGUCACUAAGGGGCAGGCCAAAGUAUUUUGCCCUGACCUCAUCCUGCUGCUGAACUCACUCCUUGAUGAGGCAUCCACAGGGGCUCUCCUCUUGCUUGUGGACCAGGCUCCCUGGCUAGGUUUUUCCAGAUUUAUGUCCCUGGCUAGCUUUCCCCACUUGCUAAUGCAGCUAGUUAGAUCAGGAAGUUCUCAUUUGAAAAACAUCAAGUUGUAACACAACUGCUGGGCUUGUUCAAAUUCCGGUGAGUAGGAAUUUGGAAGGAGUGUGUGAAUUUAGGUCAUUUUAACACCCUGGGCGGUCCAGGAAUCAGCGUGUUUUUACAUGAGUAGAAUGUGUCCUUUUAUUUAAAAUGCAUCUCUGGGUUAUUUGUGGGGCAGAGGAAUUCGUUCAUUUCCCCCCCCCCAAAAAAAAUAGUCCGGCCCACCACAUGGUCUGAGGGAUGGUGGACUGGCCCACGGCUGGAAAAGGUUGCUGACCACUGUUCUAUACUGUCAUUUUCUACCGUCCUUUUUAACUGAAGUCUAUACUAUACUGAGCUUGAUCUAAAAGCUAAGCCUGCUUUUUAAAAUCUAGGCUUACUCUGUCACUAGUUUAUUUUUGUUAUUUAUUUUUGUAUUAUUUGUUUAAACAAUUUGUAUACUGCUUACCUACAAUACUCUCUAAGCAGUUUAAAAAGAGGCAAUCCAAAAAUAAGUAUAAAUUAGAACUAUACAAUCAAACUACAAUUAAAAUGCUUGCUGGAUUUUUUUUUUUAGUUCUCAGAGGUUCAGUCGGGAAGGGGCCUGUCUGACCUCAAGUGGAAGAAGUUCUAUAAAACUGGGCCCACAAUACUAAUGGCAAUACUGGUGGAUACAAGCCUUACAUCUGAGCCUUAGGGAACCAUUAACAGUGACUUCCCCAAAGUGACUUCCUCACUGAUUGGACAGGAAUCUAAGCCAUUAGAUGGUCCUUAAGGUAUUCUGGACCAAAAUGGUUAAGGGUUACUCUGUUGCAUGGGGAAUCAUAAAUCUGAGGUUGGUUUUAUGUUGUUGUUUAAUACCACCUCUCUAAAAUUGAAAUUUUAUCUAGGUUUCUGCUAUACUGUGGCCCUGCUUGAGUAGAGAUGAAAGCUAGGUUUCUACAGACUUACUACCGCUAGAAUUUAUAGCUCCUGAGUUCUAAAUUUUACAGGAUUAAGCUCUUAGCACACAGUGGUCUUACUGUGUUGUUUAAACCAAUGAUUUAUAUAAAAGGAUCGUACUUACCCUCUAGUUGCUCAGCUGUUUAAUUCGCUUGUUGCCUUGACACUGGAGCAGAGACACUUUGUUGCAGGGAAUCUUUUUCAGACACCAAAUAAGGCAAAGGAGUCAAGCAGACACUGACUACCACAGUCUUCAGCUGGAGGAAAAACAUUUAUUGAGAUUUUUCUAGCCUGGAAGACAUGCAGUCUGGUCCUAUGCACAUUUAUUUGAAUGUUCGCUGGGGGCUUACACACAAGUAAGUGUGGAGGGACUGUAGCCAUGCAAACUGAUUGCAUGCAUGUUUAUUUGGAUGUAGCAGCUUAGAUGUUCCUGAAGCUGGUUGGCUACUCAAAAACACUCCUUGUCUGCCUUAAUGUACGUCUUAAUCAUUUCACUGUGAAGUGGACUGUGUGUCCCUGACAAAAUGAUUGCCUAGGGCUCAGUCGGUUAGUUUUUAAAUGGGAUAUGACAAUAUCGUGUGUGUUUGUACAAUUGGUUAGAAUUGUAAACAGAUAUAUUAAGUUUGGGAAAUAACUUGCAGCACAUUCCUAACCAUGUCUAUUCAGAAACUAAACUCUAUUGAAUUUAAUGGGUCUUACUCUCAGGUAAACAGGGUUAGAAUUAUAGCUUUAGAAUCUUACACCUGACCUGCUGAAGAAAUAGUCUAAUUGACAGAAGUUCCCUGCAGUAUGUGAAGGAUGUCAUUUGGGAGAGACAGUUGAAGGAUGAUGAGGGUUGUAAGAGAGACAGAGGAAGAGGAGGAAGAGGAGGAGGAGGAAGAGGAGGAAGUUAGAGUGGUGAUCAAGGAUUUAUAUGGGAAAGUUGCCUGAGUGGAAUUGUUUACAGGUAAGAUUAUGCAGACAGAAGAUUUGAACCUGCUGCAGUAGAGAAAUAGAGGUGUUUUAACAAGUUUCUUUAAUCCCAAAGUUCAUGAUGCUGAUUGACAUUCGGUAGUGGUUAUUCUGUGAACCACCCUGAAACCUUGUGAUGAAGGGCAGUGUCAGGGAACUGCCAUCGGAAGGAAGGGAGGUGAAAGGGCUCACACAGGUUGGGAGAGACUCAGCAGCUGAAGAGGGAACCAGUAGGGGGAGAGGAGCUGAGCUGAGGGAAAGUGAGCUGGAGGGAUGGCUCAGAGACACUUCCAGCGAAAACAGUGGGGAGGUUUCAGGACCUCCUGUAGGGACACCCACUCCUCGCCGGAAACUGACACGCAGAGAGUCCAGAAGACGUGUUUCCGUUAAGGAGCUUUUAUGUUGGAAGCGAUUCCGAAAGCAACCACUGUCGGAAUCUGCUAGUGACUAGAGGAGCCAUGUCUGAGGGGCUCCGUCACAGACAGAGGUUUGUGGACUUGAACAAACUCUGAGGGGAUACGAUUUUACGCACAAGCAGCUCAUCAUCCCAUCACAGCAUUCCGACAGUCUUUGAAAGCAGCUUGUGCAGGAGAAGGCAUCAUGAGCAACCCAGCCGGAACCGGAGAAGCAGGAGCUGGAGCGGGUCCAAGCCUGGAAGAAAGGUACCGGGUGUUGGAGGUCCAGCUAGCGCUGCAGACGGCGAGGCUUGAGGAGAGGAGGGCUCAGGAUGCAGACAAAAGGGAAAGCCACCCAGCUCGCCAGAAAGGUACCAGGAUUGGUGCAGAAGUUUGGGGGGGAGCCCAAAGACUAUCAUGGCUUUCGGACAGAGAUGCAAUAUGCCCUCAAUCUGCAGUUUGAUGAAUUCCCUGACGAGGAAUCACGAGUGGCUUUCGUGAUUGAGCAUCUUGAAAAGGGGCGAGAGACUGGGUUAGACCCCUGAUGGCAGCGAAUAGUGACGUCCUAAAGGACACGAUGAAGUUCUUUCGCGCCAUGGAUCUGAUGUUUUCCAGCGAUAUUGAACAGGGAGUGGUGCGCAGACAGUUAAUGGCUUGCAAACAGGGAGCCGAUCUGUCCGUGAGUACUGGACUGAGUUCACCAUGCUGGUUCACAGAUUGGGGUGGGACUUAUCGGCGGAACCCAUUCAAAUGCUCUUUGAAGAAGGGCUUUCUUCGGCUGUGAAAGACGAACUUUCCCGGGCGCCCAGGGCGGAGUCUAUGGACCAGCUGACCAAAUCAGCGCUGACCAUAGGAGCGCGCCAGGAGGCGAGAGCAUUGGAGAGGCGGGAAGGGAAGGGGAACGUUGGAAGGAGUUCCGCAUUCCAGACAUUCCAGAGCCAACUUUCCCGCCGGCAGAGCCGAUGGAAAUCGGAACAGCGCGCGCGCGCAGUUUCAAAGCCCAGUGAGGGGAAAGAAGGAGGGAAAAGGCGCCCGGAAAUGCUAUCUCUGCCAACAGCCAGGUCACUUUGCCAGAGUCUGCCCCCAGAGGAAGGAAUGGCAAGGGAUGGUAGGAGCUGUGGAGGGAAGAGAGGAAGAAAUACCGGAGCAAGUAAAAGCCAACGCCUGGCUGCCACUGUCGGGGCACAGCAGCCAGGCCAAAGAGCAGUGAGAGUGCCCACGCCAGAACCUCCUAAACCCGCCCUAGUGAUAGAAGUGGCGCUAGAGCUGCCAAACGGACACCCUCUAAAGAUAAAGGCGCUGUUGGACUCAGGCAGCUCCUGCAAUUUCAUGAGCAAAGAGUUUGCAGCUGAACACCAGAUACAGACGAUCCCUUUAAGCAACCCCCUGCAGGUGACCACGAUCGAUGGCAGGGAGCUGUUGGGAGGAGAAGUCAGCUUGCAGACCGUCCCAAUGAUAAUGAAGGUAGCAAGGCACACCGAACUGAUAGCGUUUAAUGUGGCCACCUUGGGAGGAGCUCCCAUUAUAUUGGGGAUGAGCUGGCUAGCGUUACAUGAUCCGCUGGUGGGCUGGCAUCAGAGAGUGGUUUCUUUUGGUUCAGCACAUUGCUUAGAACACUGCAAAGAGGAAAGGGUUUGGCAGGGGCCCAAGCCACCCUAGCAGGGACUGAAGUAACGGAGAACGUGAAGGUACCACGACAAUAUGCAGAUCUCCGUGACGUCUUCAGCGAAAGGAAGCUGACCAACUACCCCGCAUAGACCCUUUGACUGUCAAAUCAAUUUACUCCCUGGGGCACAGCUCCCUGUAGGCAAGCUGUACGCCAUGUCAGACAGAGAGAUGCAGGAGCUAAGAGAGUUCAUUGACAAGAACCUGAAGAGAGGGUUCAUCAGAGAGUCCAGGGCGGUGGGGGCAGCCCAGUGUUUUUGUGGAUAAAAAAACACGAACAAGCCGAGGCUGGUGUGUGACUUCAGGGCCUUAAAUGCAGUGUCAGAACCAGUGGCCUUCCCUAUGCCCAGGAUUGACGACAUUUUGACAAGGGUGCGGAAGGGAAAGAUUUUCACAAAGCUGGACCUAAGGGGGGCGUACAACCUGAUACGAAUAAGGAAGGGUGAUGAAUGGAAAACCACCAUGUUCACCCCUUUAGGGGCAUUUGAAUAUUUGGUUAUGCCCUUCGGCCUCCAAGCAGGCUCCGCAUGCUUUCAAUCGUUUAUGAACCACGUCCUGGGGCCUUUGCUUUACAAGAAUUGUGUGGCCUUCUUAGACGACGUGUUGGUGUAUUCUGAGAAUGAGGAGCAGCAUGUGAGAGACGUCAGAGAAGUGUUGAGCAGGCUGCAAGCCAACCAGCUGUGGGUGAAACUGGAGAAGUGUCAGUUUCAUACCAAGGAGGUGGAAUUCCUGGGGUAUCGCCUGUCAGACAAGGGAUUGGCCAUGGAUCCCGGCAAGGUCCAGGCGGUGCUGGAAUGGAAAACACCCAAAACAAGGAAGGAUGUGCAGAGGUUCCUAGGAUUUGGGAACUUCUAUCGUAAGUUCAUCCGAAACUUUGCCCACCUGACGGCGCCCAUUACGGACUGUCUCAGCAGUAAGAAGAAGUUCGUUUGGACUGAGGAGGCGGAGCGAGCAUUUGAGGAACUAAAAGGGCCUUCGCCUCGGAACAACAACUCCUGCAUGUGGAUUUACAAAAACCGAUGAGAGUGGAAACUGACGCAUCAGACAGAGCGAUUGGGGCGGUGCUUCUGCAGCCAGGGAAGGAGGAGUCAGAGUGGAGACCGUGUGCCUUUUUUCGCGAAAGCUGAACAAAUCCGAGAGGAACUACACGGUGUAUGACCGAGAACUACUAGCCAUUCAUGAGGCGUUCCGGAGAUGGAGGCACCUGCUAAUUGGCGCACAACAUAAGGUGCAAGUGUGCACUGACCACAAGAACCUAGAGUAUUGGAGGACGGCACGAGUGCUCAACCAACGGCAAGUGAGAUGGGCCCAGGAGUUCUCCAAAUUUAACUUUGAGAUUUGUUACGUGCCAGGCCCAGAGAACAUUAGGGCGGACGCUCUCUCACGCAAACCUGAAUAUUUGGAGGGAGGGAGCACCCGAAGAGAGACAUGUCAUUCCAGAGGACCGCUGGGUGUGUGGGGCGGCAUUGGUGGGACAAAGAGAACUGGUAGAGGAAACAGAGAAUGAUGAAUACGCCCAGAAUAAGCUCAGAGGUCUUAGGGGUGAGGGAGAGGAACCAGGGGUUUCGAGGAAAGAAAUGGAGCUUUGUAUUACAAAGGGGCACUGUAUAUCCCUGAAGGAGACUUAAGGGGAGGGUACUCAAGCAGUUGCACGACAGCCCUACGGCGGGGCAUUUUGGACAACACAAAACCAUGUGGUUGGUCACCAGGGAAUUUUGGUGGCCCAAGGUGAGGGAAGAUGUACGUGAGUAUGUAAGAGGGUGCGAGCAAUGCCAGCGAGCCAAAGGGAUAAGGCGGGCGCCGGCGGGGCUAUUAGAACCCUUACCAACCCCAGAACGACCUUGGGAGGCAGUGUCGAUAGAUUUUAUGACUGAUCUGCCGAAGUCCAAAGGGAAAACAGCCAUCAUGGUGGUGGUGGACCUACUAACAAAGAUGUGCCACUUUGUAGCUUGCUCGCAUGCAGUCACGGCGGAAGAGACAGCGAAGUUAUUUGUAGAACACAUUUUUAGGUUGCACGGGGUGCCAUUGAGGGUGGUCUCAGACCGAGGAAAACAAUUUACUUCCAGGUUCUGGAGGAAGCUCAUGAGCUUACUGCAGGUGGAGGUCAAUUUUCGACUGCCCGGCACCCUGAAACCAACGGGCAGGCGGAAAGAGCAAACGGUGUCCUCCAGCAAUACCUGAGGUGUUAUGUCAAUGACAGAGAGAAUGACUGGGUAGAAAAGUUGGCGCUGGCGGAAUUUGCCUACAACAAUGCCGAGAAUGUGUCCACAGGGAUGAGCCCCUUCUUGGCUAAUUAUGGGUGUCAUCCCAGGGCUUUCCCAGGGGAGAUGGGGAGAGAUGGAGCGUCCCGGCAGCCGAGCAUUUUGUAGAAGAAAUGGAAGCAAUCCAUUGUCAGCUCCAACUCAACUUAGAAAGGGCGAAGGAAGAAUACAAGAGGCAAGCAGACAAGAACCGAAGGGAAGGUGAAACCAUAAGGGUGGGAGAUAGGGUGUGGCUGUCAACCCAAGGGUUGCCGUUCAAAGGAGGUUGUAAGAAAUUAAGACCCAGGAGGUUGGGUCCCUUUGAGGUCAUUCAACAGGUCAACCCAGUGGCUUUCAGGCUCCGGUUACCCAACCACAUGAAACUGCACCCAGUAUUUCACAGGUCGUUACUGUCACCGUACGAAGGGGACGAGAAGGGAUGGCCACUCGGGGACCGGUCAUAGAAGAAAGAGAAUGCAGCAGCCAUGUGGCAGAAAUCCUCGACGCCAGGUGGAAGGGGAAUCAGGUGGAGUAUUUGGUAGCGUGGGAAGGAGAACCGGAGUCAGAAAACACUUGGGUAAUGGCCGAAGAUAUCAAUGACGAGGUAUUGAUAGAAACGUUCCAUCAAAGGUUCCCAAGGAAACCUCAGCCUGUGGAGAGGUUCCGGAGGGAAUACUUUGGGACCACUGAUGAGGAGGAGGAGUUGGAAGGCUUCCCGGACUCGGAAGGGGAAGGGAGAUGGACUCUGAGGAGGAGGAGUACUUCGAGACCAGGAACCGCAACAGGUGGAGAGAAGUGUUCGAGACAUCGGAAGAUGAAGGAAGUUCAUUCCGGGGUUUUGCCUCCUCACCGCCCGUAGAGGAGGGGGCGAGAGGGGGUGAAGGGGGCCCUGGAGGGGAGGUGGAUGUCAGGGAACUGCCAUCGGAAGGAAGGGAGGUGAAAGGGCUCACACAGGUUGGGAGAGACUCAGCAGCUGAAGAGGGAACCAGUAGGGGAGAGGAGCUGAGCUGAGGGAAAGUGAGCUGGAGGGAUGGCUCAGAGACACUUCCAGCGAAAACAGUGGGGAGGUUUCAGGACCUCCUGUAGGGACACCCACUCCUCGCCGGAAACUGACACGCAGAGAGUCCAGAAGACGUGUUUCCGUUAAGGAGCUUUUAUGUUGGAAGCGAUUCCGAAAGCAACCACUGUCGGAAUCUGCUAGUGACUAGAGGAGCCAUGUCUGAGGGGCUCCGUCACAGACAGAGGUUUGUGGACUUGAACAAACUCUGAGGGGAUACGAUUUUACGCACAAGCAGCUCAUCAUCCCAUCACAGGCAGUAUAUGAAUUUAGUAGAUAAUACAUAAAAUAAUAAUAGAGUUUUGCAUUUGAAUGCUUUGUGUGUGGUUUUUUUUUUUUACUAAUAAGGUACUGUCCUUUAUCCCUAUAUCCUGGGGCAAAAUUGGCAGCAGGUGAGUGAAGUGGUGCUGCUCAUUUUUGCAAGAGUGUCAGGCAGAUUAGGAAGUCUGGAACUGAGAUAAACCAGGUUACUCUGUUCUGUGGAGUUAUGUACAGUUCCUAAGGGACACCAGGCUUUGCACGAGUUCAGAGCAGCAGAGGCAAGGCCAUUGGUAGCCCCAAAAGUGGCAUCUCCUGCUUGAAGUGGCAGGUUGCAGAACUUUGGCACUGACGAAAACACAGAUAGAUAUCUUUAGGAUGACUGUGUUGGUGAUCAUUAGAAUUUGGGUGGUGGUAGAGGAGAAACAUCAUGGCUUUUUAGGCAUUGAUCGAGAGCUUUUAGGCAAGAACUGUGAUGUGCUUGUUUUAGCUGAAUAUAAAUAAAGCCGGCUAGGAACAGCCAAAAGAUGGCCACUUCCUUCCGCUCACGCUCUGUUCUUUUCUUGCUGUGCCCCAGAAUGACCAAUGCCUGCCAUCGCAAAUGCGUCCCUCCACACUACAAGGAGGCUGAGCUGUCCAAGGGAGAGUCUGUGUGCCUGGAUCGCUGCGUCUCCAAGUAUUUGGACAUCCAUGAGCGCAUGGGCAAGAAGCUGACGGAGCUCUCAAUGCAGGAUGAGGAGCUGAUGAAGAGGAUGCAGCAGGGGGCUGGGCCGGCGUAA